AGCGCUGUUUGAAAUGAAGGUCGCCCUGUCGGUUAUUGCGUUUGCACUAUUUGUUCAUCAAGGACAUGCCUUAAAGCCUUCAGUAGAGAUUCUAAAAGUUUACAAGGGUGAUAAUGUAUCGAGUCAUCGGUGCUUUUAUAUUUCACAGACCGGAAAGUUGGAUCCAUUCCUAACAACGACAAAACUGGAACUGGUCAAUUUUGUAUCUACUACUAAAGAUCAUCCUCAACCUUCAUCAUCAUCACUGGCUGUAUCUGUUAUGUGGAAUAAUUUUAGUGAUAGAGAAAUAUUAUCAAUCAAUCCACAGCUUCUAAUUAUUGUUUAUGAUGGGGAAUUAAAUUCAAAAUUAAAAGUUAUAUUUGAAUCACAUGCAUGGGAAGUAUUCAAAAGAUCCAACUUAUUUUUGGAUAUCGAUCAGUUUAAUGAGAUAAUUUAUAGCAAGCGUUCUAAUCAGUCUAAUAUGAAUAUUUCAGUAUCCGUUUUCCCAUUUAUUCCAAACGCUAUGGCGUAUAAAUUUCUAAUUUGGAUUUUGUUGUAUGGAUUUGCUGUGACUAGCAUUUCAUUGGGCGCAUGGAUAAUUAUUGUUAACCAUGAAAAACUGUUACUAGAUUACUCUAGACAUCAAAGUUUGCUACCAAAGUUCAAAUCUUCUUUGUAUUUAUAUAUUAUCGUGUGUUUGGUAAUUUCUGUUACACUCUUGUUGCUAACUUACUUCCUGUAUGAUGUAGUAGUAUAUCUCCUAAUAGCACUGUUUGUACUGGUAGGCGCAAGUUCAAUUUCGACAUUCCUUACAUUUGUUAUCCAACGUAUUGCUCCUGCAACAACCAAAACGAUAAUAAUUAAUGUAAAAUGUUGUCGAGUUAUUAGUCCCAGAAAAAUAUAUAUUCUUUCUCUAGUUACUUUCCCAAUCGGUUUGGCCAUAGCUACAACGUGGUUGGUAUUUCGUAAUAAUGACAUAAUUGGUUGGCCUUUGCAAUCAGUUAUCGGGAUGUUUAUAGUGGCAGUGAUUAUUUCAUCUGGGUUGAUUAUACCAUCAGUCAAGGUUGGUACACUUUUGUUUACUGCAUUUCUGAUCUAUGAUAUAUUCUUCGUAUUUAUUACUCCCCUAUUCAUAUCAACUGCAUCAACUAAUGUUAGUCAUUCCUCUGAGCAUAUCCAACUUACUAGAACACGACGUUCAACUGCUCAUAGUUUUAUGGAAGCCGUAGCAACUGGUUCAGCCGGUAAAAGUGGGGAACUGAUACCGUUAUCAUUUCGUCUACUUAUCAAUGAACAUAUUGAAGUAAAUAAACAUAAUACCGCGACCAUGCCAUAUGCUUCUCUUCUAGGAUUCGGUGAUGCUGUUAUUCCCGGAAUAUUUAUUCAAUUUCUGGCAUUCUAUGAUGCAUGUUGGCGUGCUCCGUACUAUCGACACUUUUUAGGUGGAAUUUUAGGUUACUCACUUGGUUUCAUAGUUACCAUCAUUAUGUUAAAUGUUACUAAUGUCAGUCAACCAGCUUUAUUGUAUCUAUGUCCAUUUACUCUUCUUGUAACCUUCAUUGUUGUCAUCGUUUGUGAUGGUCUAAAUGAAUGGAAACUAAUGUGGUCAGGCAGUUUGCCUACAUUGGUCGAUAAUACAAAUAUGAAUCCGACUGGCGAUAGCGACCGGGUUAAUCAACCAACUGGUUCUUUAGAAGUGAAUAAUCUAUAUUCAAUUGAAAAUAAAUCGCUUAACCAUUCAAAAACUCCACUAGUCCCUGAGCAAUAAUAAUAAUACUCACUGAUAUAGUACUACUUAUACCAAAAAAAAGAAAAGGAACGUACUGUGGCUUUUAUUUCUUUCUUAUCUUUGUAAAUGCUUAUUUCCGUGAUGACUUUGUGAUUACAUCCGCAUUUUUAUUUGUAUUUGUGUAUGUGCGUUUCAGACCUUUUAUUCGUAAUGCUAUAAAUGAUAGUAAUCACCAUAUCC